UCAGCAGGCCGCUCUAGGGGUGGUUUUUUUCUCCCCGCGCCCAUUUCCGCUUUGGAGAGGCGGAGCGACGCGCGCGAACAAGAUGGCGGCUUCUUUGUUGAGAUUAACAGGCCGACGUUGCCUUUGCUUUCGUCUUGGUCCAGGAUUUUCCACGCAACAUGUGGUCCCCAUGGCGACAACAGCAAAAGAGGAAAUGGCCCGAUUUUGGGAGAAGAAUACCCGGUCAAACCGCCCUCUGUCCCCCCAUGUCACCAUCUACCAAUGGUCCUUGCCUAUGGUGAUGUCCAUUUCCCAUCGCGGUACCGGAGUCGCAAUGAGCUUGGCGGUGUCGCUCUUUGGCUUAAGUGCUCUGGUCCUUCCCGGGCACUUUGAGGACUACCUGGAGUUCAUCCGGUCCUUACACCUGAAUCCGGCUCUCAUCUAUGCUGCAAAGUUCACCUUGGCUUUUCCUUUGACCUACCAUACCUGGAACGGAAUCAGGCACCUGGCCUGGGACAUGGGCAAAGGCUUCAAGAUACCCCAGUUGCACCAGUCCGGAGUCCUGGUCUUGAUCUUGACCGCUUUGUCCUCCCUUGGGAUUGCAGCCAUGUGACGCUGCCGUGGCCGCCACCUCUUUGAAGUCUUCCUGAACAAGUCACUCUUGUCAAAGCACCAGGAACGUGGGGGCGCCGGUUCUUUGGCUAGAGGCAUGCGGUCAGAGGCGGGAGGGACGGGGCAGGUGAAAAAGUUCCAGAAUCGGCUCAUGGAAGUAAAAUGAACAGAGGCGUUUCUUUUGCCUUCUCUUAGAUCUAUCCAGAAUACUUUACACGUGUGUGUGUGCGUGUGUGUGUGUGUGUGUGUGUGAGAUUGAGAGAGAGAGAGAGAGAGAGAGAGAGAGAGAGGUCCUGUGUCAUCCCCAUACGUUCGUUCAGAGGAUCAUCCACAGGCAAGGCGGGCAGUGGGAGCGGGGAGAAGGCUCUAGAAGGCCCCGGACCAGCUGUGCACUGUUUGGCUAAGAAACUAACCUGCCCACGAUGCUCCAAAAGCCAUUGUCCUUUUCUGCUGCCUGCUGCCUUUUCUGACUUCGCUUUCCCUGCCUUCCCAAGGCUUCGGACAAUACCAGCCUUUGUCCUCCGCUUGCGGGAGAAGGGAACUCCGGGAGCGCAGCGGGUGGGAAAGGACAAGGCACUCCAUUGAUGGCUGGCCGGCGCCAGGACCAGCGUGUUCGGCUUUGGCCACCUCCAGCCCUGGUCCUUACCUCUUGGGUCCUUGAUCUUCGGCGUGGUGUUGGUUUGAGACUCAGUGGCUUGGCUGGUCGCCACGUGCUCCGUGGGCCAAGGCAGCCACCCUGAGAGGCUGGGUUGGUUUCUCCGUAGGCGGGGGCUGCCGUGCCAUUCCAACACCAGCCGGCCACCCAGCACAGGAGAAAAGAAGGGUGGUUCUCUCAGGCUAGUCUCCUGGGGAGACAGGUGGACAGACUAACCCCGUAAAAUUCAAAUAUUUGAAAUCCCGCUGUUUGGCUUCCUUUCAUGAGUGAUUCCCGUAAACCCAAGGGGUGGAGAAAACCUGGCUGACCAGAGGUGGGACUACACUUCCCAUGCGUCCUGACCAUCGUAGCCGGUGAGGAAUGUUGGGAGUUGUAGUCCAGCAAGAUCGGGAAGACACCCACCCUCCCCCGUACAAUGUGCCGCGUCGUAGGCAUUUCCAACGUAGCAGAUAGACCUUCUCAAUAUACAAGCCUGCACUUCAUCAUCCUGUCUUUGAGAGGCUGAAAGUCCAGCAGCAUCCUCACACCAAUAAAUGGUCUCUCUCGGGGGGGUACCUCUACGGUUGUUUUGAUUUUAUAAAGGUCAUUAAUCAUUUGAUUAAUAAAUAAAUUAGCCUCCGUCUCCAGUGGGGCAGGCAAAGAUGCUCA